AAAUGUACUAUCGGCUGGGCGAUGCUAACCCUGCGGCUGCAGGUCCCUCCUUGUAACAAGCGAUUGUGUGUUCUUCAGAGGUGGCCAAGGGGAGGAGGGGGCCCGGCCGAGGAGGUGGGGGAAAGGGAAACAAACCGCUCCUUUACAGUGAGCUUGCGUGUCCCGGAGCCAGCUCCCCUCAAAGCACAUGCCAUUUCUGGCCCUUGAAGGGGUUAAAGGCCUCCUGGAGUCAAAAACAAGCAGGUGUCCCACCGUGCCAGAUACGCCGCCUAAACUGCUUCCAGCUUUUUUUUUCCCCUUCUGCAACAAGUCUGUGAUCAGCCACGGGACAGAGGAGCCAGCAGCCUGCCUGUGACAGGCAUCAGGUUAGCUCGCUCCCACUCGGGUGGCGCCCAGGAUAUAAAUCCAGGCCGGCCCCUGCUGGGGCUCCUCUCCCUGCACACUUCAGGAGAGGGGGUUUCCUUGCAAAGAUCUUUCUUUUCUCUGUAGCUAUACACAACCCAGUGGGCUCCACUGACUUGGUGGAGGCAGCCUCGGCAGCUGCAACCUUACCAGCAGCAAGGAAGCCUACUGGGGGGCAGGGGUGAGGGCAGGUGCCUGCAGCCCCUAAGAAGGAGAAGGCCCGGGUGGGCCCCAGCCCCUGGCAGCGUCACACGGGAGGCCUCUGGCCACUGCAGACCGCACCAUGUGGGCCCUGGGAUGCCACUGGUUCUGCUCCCGCUGGGGGCAGGUGGCAGUGCUUCUGCUGCUCCUCGGGGUGCCCCCGAGAGGCCUGGCACUACCACCCAUCCGCUAUUCCCAUGCUGGCAUCUGCCCCAACGACAUGAACCCCAACCUCUGGGUGGAUGCUCAGAGCACCUGCAAGCGGGAGUGUGAGACGGACCAGGAGUGUGAGACCUAUGAGAAGUGCUGCCCCAACGUGUGUGGGACCAAGAGCUGCGUGGCAGCCCGCUACAUGGACGUGAAAGGGAAGAGGGGCCCGGUGGGGAUGCCCAAGGAGGCCACGUGCGACCACUUCAUGUGUCUGCAGCAGGGCUCUGAGUGUGACAUCUGGGACGGCCAGCCCGUGUGCAAGUGCAAAGAUCGCUGUGAGAAGGAGCCCAGCUUCACCUGCGCCUCGGACGGCCUCACCUACUAUAACCGCUGCUACAUGGAUGCCGAGGCCUGCUCUAAGGGCAUCACACUGGUCGUGGUCACCUGCCGCUAUCACUUUACCUGGCCCAACACCAGUCCCCCGCCACCUGAGACCACCGUGCAGCCUACCACAGCCUCCCCGGAGACCCCUGGGCUAGACAUGGCGGCCCCAGCUCUGCUCAACCACCCCGUGCACCAGUCGGUGACCGUGGGUGAGACGGUGAGCUUUCUCUGUGAUGUGGUGGGCCGGCCCCGGCCAGACAUUACCUGGGAGAAGCAGCUGGAGGACCGGGAGAAUGUGGUCAUGAGGCCCAACCACGUGCGUGGCAACGUGGUAGUCACCAACAUUGCCCAGCUGGUCAUCUAUAACGCCCAGCUCCAGGACGCCGGCAUCUACACCUGCACAGCGCGGAAUGCUGCUGGUGUCCUGCGCGCUGACUUCCCGCUGUCGGUGGUCAGGGGGGGCCAGGCCGCAGCCACCGCGGAGAGCAGCCCCAACGGCACGGCUUUCCCCACGGCCGAGUGCCUGAAGCCCCCCGACAGCGAGGACUGCGGCGAGGAGCAGACCCGCUGGCACUUUGACGCCCAGGCCAACAACUGCCUCACCUUCACCUUUGGCCACUGCCACCGCAACCGCAACCACUUCGAGACCUACGAGGCCUGCAUGCUGGCCUGCAUGAGCGGGCCGCUGGCCGUGUGCAGCCUGCCUGCCCUGCAGGGGCCCUGCAAGGCCUACGCGCCGCGCUGGGCCUACAACAGCCAGGCAGGUCAGUGCCAGUCCUUCGUCUACGGGGGCUGCGAGGGCAACGGGAACAACUUUGAGAGCCGAGAGGCCUGUGAGGAGUCCUGUCCCUUCCCCUGGGGGAACCAGCGCUGCCAGGCCUGCAAGCCCAGGCAGAAGCUUGUGACCAGCUUCUGUCGGAGUGACUUUGUCAUCUUGGGCCGGGUCUCUGAGCUGACCGAGGAGCCCGACUCGGGACGGGCUCUGGUAACUGUAGACGAGGUCCUGAAGGAUGAGAAGAUGGGCCUCAAGUUCCUGGGCCGGGAGCCGCUGGAGGUCACGCUGCUCCAUGUGGACUGGACAUGCCCCUGCCCCAAUGUGACAGUGGGCGAGACUCCGCUCAUCAUCAUGGGAGAGGUGGACGGUGGCAUGGCCAUGCUGAGGCCCGACAGCUUCGUGGGAGCAUCCAGCACCCGGCGGGUCCAGCCACCUACCACUAGAUAAAGGAUUCGGGAAAGCCACUGUCAGCUCUACCGCUGCCCUCCGGUCCCUCCUCAGCCCCUUCGAAGCAGAAGGUCAGCGCGGGGCGGCCUUGUUUCUUCCUCAGC